GUUUAGCAGAAUGUUUGGAAGACUAAUAACAAUCAUAGUAAUCAUAAUAAUCAUAGUAAUAAUAAAAAAAUGAGUUCAGGUGUUCAUGAUAUGAGUUUGGAUUCUUUUAAUCAGCAGAUUUUGUACACUGAGCAACAGUGGUCCAAGAACUCUCGGCAGCUCCAUGAAGUAAAAUCAGCCAUCACCAAGGCAGAGGAGGAAAUCAAGUCAUUUACUGAAAAGCUGGAGCAUGCGCAUACUGAACUGGACAAGAAGGAGCGAAUGAACAGAGAGGCAGCUGAGGAGAAAGAGAAGUUCAUGACGGCGAUCAGAACCUUCAACAGCGACUUUAACCUGCUGAGAAAGAGGGACGCCGUGUUCCAGAGUCAGAGCAGAUCUGAAAUACAGAGUCUCCAGUCGGAAGCUGAGGCACUAACCAAAGAGAUGGAGAGGACGAAGCAAGAAAACUCCCAGCUGAUCUCUUUGCAAACAGAGCGGGAGUCUUUAUCAGCAGAGCUCCAGAGGCUGCACUCGCAUCUAGCAGAUUUGGAGAGGGAGCUGGAGGAGGCAGCGGCUCUCACAGACUCCCUGAAGACUGAAAGGGAAACGGCCGUUCAGAAACCUCUGACAGACAGCACCUGCCUCAGGGUCACGGGAAACCUGGAGCCUAUCCCAGGGAGCAUCGGGCACAAGGCGGGGUACACCCUGGACAGGGUGCCAGUCCAUCGCAGGGCACACUCACACACCCAUUCAUACACUACGGACACUUUAGACACGCCAAUCAGCAGGAAACCGGAGUACCCGGAGGAAACCCCUGCAGCACAGGGAGAACAUGCAAACUCUGCAUACACAGAGCCACGGGAAUCGAACCCCAACCCUGGCAGUGUGAGAUGAACGUGCUAACCACUUGCUAACCACUAAGCCACCAUGCGCCCUGUGUAUAUAUAUCAGACUGUAAUUGCAGGAUUAUCUUUAAAUUCAAGGUAUAAUCUGGCUCUGACAAACAGAGUGUGUGUGUCUGUUUGUGUGUGUGCACACUGAAGAAAGAGCUAGAGGCACAUAAGGAGCUGGAGAUGCUGCAUGAGGCGCUCAGCACGGAGAUUCAGUUCUUGCGUUCGGUAAUUGUAAUUAUAAAAGAAAUACAAUGACACACCAGUUUUGUCAUUGUAACAGUUUUUAAACACAUCAUGGCAGAUGAAAUCAUCUUUGACAUCUUGAUAUGGUUAUUUAUAUAUGAGCCAACGAGUUAAACCAGUUUUUUAAUAGGUUUGACUCAACAAUGCUGAUUGGACCCCUCUUCCUCUCCACUUCCUCAAGUAGCUCCACCAAGGUUAUCCCCCCUGCCCCCUCCCCUCCAACUCAGGCUCC